AUGACCCCGGCCUUCUCACUACCCAUGGUGGGCGAAUCGGCUGGAAAAUCUGCAGCCCAAGAUGUCCCCGCCAUUACUGCAGCAAACACUCAUACUGAAGAACCGGUUGUCGGCACCAGCGCAAAGAAAUUCACAUCGAGUGAUUCUCCUGAUCCUCAAAACUCGUUACGUUCUCAACCCACCAAUGCUGAUGAAAUCAAGGAAAAUACCCUAGCACAGGCUUGUCAUCCUAACAAAAUUACUGACCAAGCCUCCAAAGCCAAGCUUGAAGAGCAGGCACGCUUCUUCGAGGUUUACAUGGCAGGAACAAUUCCUGCUGUCUGUAGUCUUUUGUUCAUGCUUGGGAAUCCAGAACCAUCCGACAGAUUGGGCACCUUUAUGUGGUGUUUUUUUACCUUUCUAUACGUCUAUGUUUUCUCUGCUGGCUCAAUCAUUUUUUCUACGAGUAAACCCUUGAGAUAG